GUCCUGAGUACCUGCACCAGUUACGCUUGUUGAGUGUUGAAGCAGAGUGGUGGAGCAGCAGCACUGGUGAUAUAAAGAUGGCAGUGUGAGGAGAGACACAUACGGAGGAAUAAGAAGAGACGAGGAAUCGAGAAAGUAGAUGUGGAAUGAUAAAGAGGGAAGUACAGAAGAAUAUAGCGUGUUGCUAGGAGACUGUGGGAGGAAGAGCUGUGUGGAGACGUGUUGGAGAAGAGACACUGGGCCAGGAUGGGUCCCUGACCCUUCGCCAACGUCAACAUCACCAACGUCAACAUCGCCAACAUUGUUUACAACGUCAACAUCUGAGAGCAUUGCUCUCCGUGCCCAGGAUGUUGCUGUUGAUGAUGCUGGGAUGGGCACUCAUCCUCCAUCCUGCCCGGGCACUCUCCAAGUUUACCCCUCCCAUCUCACAUCCACUUCACGUACCACAGGAGAGGCUUAUAGAAAUUAUUCCCUCAGCAGUGGAUUUUACAGCUGUGGAACGCGUGGGCGAUGAAGGCGCCGAAGAGAGUCCUCGAGUCGAUGACGUUAUCCAUGAGCACUCGAAGCCCUCCAUUCAGGAGAGUGCUAAAGACAGUGUAGACCUCAGAGAAGGAGUCUUACAGUCCUUCAUCUCGGCCUUAACUGGAAGUUUCGGAAAGUCUUGGCUGGGAGGUUCCUGGAGUAGCACUUCGAAACCUCCAGAAGACUUGGAGUUCGAUGUUCCAAGAACUGAUGGCAGAAGAGUCUUCACGUUUAAUGGAAAAGGAGAUGAGAAAAGCGCCCACGGAGACGGUGAAAAUGGCAAGGGAAAGAUAGGUGAGAGAGACAGUAGAGUGGAUAAUGACGGUGAAGGAGCAAGGGAAGAGAGCAGCGAGCGAGAUAUCACGAGACAUGACGUGGUGAGUGUCGAAGUGGAGGAGACGGAAACCUCGAGGAAGGUACACAAGCGAGUUCGUCGACAGGAUGAUGGUGGUGAUGAGGGUGGUGAUGAGGGUGGUGAUGAGGAUGGUGGUGGUGGUGAUGAAGAAGGUGGUGGUGAUGAAGGUGGUGGUGAUGAUGAAGGUGGUGGUGAUGAAGGUGGCGGUGAUGAAGGUGGUGGUGAUGAAGGUGGUGGUGAUGAAGAUGGUGGAGAUGGGGAUGGUGGUGGUGAGGAUGAUGGGGGUGAAGACUAUGAAAGUGAAGAUGGUGGUGGUGAAGAUAGUGGUGGUGAAGACUACGAAGGUGAGGAUGGUGGUGGUGAAGACUACGAAGGUGAGGACGGUGGUGAAGAGGAGGGUGAUGGUGAUGAUGAGAGUGGUGGUGAAGAUGGUGGUGGUGAGGAUGGUGGUGGUGAGGAUGGUGGUGGUGAGGAUGGUGGUGAUCCUGAGGCCGAGGAUGGUAGUGGAGACUAUGAUGAAGACUACGAUGAAAACUAUGACGAUGGUGAUUAUCUCGCCGAGGACUAUGAGGAAGAUGCCGUUGAAGGUGAAGAAAAUGAAGAUGCUGAUAACAGCGAUGGGGAAAGUGAAGCCGGCAGUGGUGACAGUGAUUCUACAGGCGAUGAAGAAUAUGAUGAAUACUAUGACGAAUAUGAUGACGAAUAUGACGGCGACUAUGAAGAAGGGAGUGACGAACCUUCUGAAAACGGCGAAGGUGAAGGGAAUAAAGAAAAUAUCGAAGAAAAGACUAAGAAGGAGGAUAAGGAAGCAGAAAAAGAAAGUGACUCUACUGGGAAGGACGGUGAGGAGGCAACUGGCGAGGAGAAUUAUGAUUACGAUGAUUAUUACGAUGAUUAUAAGGAUGGUGGUGAUAGUGAAGUUGAUGAGCAGGUCGAGACAAGUGGCCAGGAAGGUGGAAAAGGCGCAGCUGGAGAGGUUGAUGGUGGUGCAGGUGGUAAGGGCAGUAGUGGUGGUGCAGGUGGUAGUGGCAGUGGUGGUGGUGGUGUCGAAAAAGAAGUCAGCGACAAUCCUAGCACUGACGACGACUAUUACGCUAACUACUAUUACGACGACUACUACGGCGACUACAACGAAGCCGCUGCCGACGGAGGCGUCGGUAGCGGCGGCGAAGACUUGGCUCACAGGCAAGGAGAGAGAGAAUCGGAGACAAGUCAACAAAUCGGAGGAGGAGGAGGAGGAGGAAAAGAUUACGGUGGCUUCGCAGGUAGUAAUAAAAAUGGGGUUAAUGGUAAAGGAAGUAGUAGUAGUAGUAGUGGUGGUGGUGGUGGUAAUAACUGGAGUGGUAGUAAAGGCUCGGGUGGAGUGGGAGAUACUGGAACGUCGUAUGGAAGUGGUACUGGCAGUGGAUCUUACAGUGACGGGACUGUAUUUAUUGGUGAGGGUGACAGUGGAAGUGCGGGGUCGAACGGCCUCGGGACGACUGUGAACAGCAAUAUGGAGAACGGGAUCGUAUCCAUCGGCAAUGGCGCAGCACCUCUUGUCGGUGGAAUUAAUGGAAGUGAAUCAAAUGACGAUAGGAUGGUGCCUAUGUCCAGUGGCUACCUGGGCAGCGCACCCAAUGGUCUUGAAGGUGCGGGCGUUGCUGGAAGCAACUCCCUUCAGAACAUCGGUACCAGCGGCCUCGUUAACGUGCCGUUCAAUAUCCCCCCUGGCUUCACGCCCUCCGGAACACCCACCGGUGUUGCCGGAGCCGGAUAUCCCGGGAUGAGCGUGACCGGAAUGGGACUGGGGUCGGUGUCGCAAGUUCCCCCCGGCGUGGAGGUCAUCUCCGGCCCCAAGGGAGAAGUGGUUAUACAGAUCCCGCCGGGUGUUGGCUGGAAUGACGUCAAGAACUCCCUCACUGACAAGAACUCCCGCAAGACGUGGCGCAGUAUCUUGAGUACUGUAAGAAGUCUUCGUCAGCAAGACAGUCUCGGAGAUUCUCCCAGCAUCAGCGUGGCACCUGUGGACCCGGCACUGGCGGCACCCUCCCAAGUGUCACUGGAAAAAGUCCAGCGGCUCAUCAGUGAUAUGCCUCUCCCUCGCCUUCAGCAGACUCGCAGACGCCUGCAGCAGCUGCUGGCGCAGGCCCGCAGGAGCCAACUCAAUAUGAUGCUGAAGGUUAGUGGGGGAGUGCUGAAGUCUCCCCCAGCAGGAGCGGCACUUCUCACAUCUGCUGACGGUACUCAGGUGGUUACUCUCCCUAACACACUAAAGUGGGUGGAUGUGAAGGACUCCUUCGCCACCCCUCAGGAUAGGAACCUCUGGAAGCAGAUCUUCGAGGCUCGUGACGCCAACAGGAGAUUGAUGCAGGGAAACCUGGCGGAGAUCAGGCAAAGCAUCUGGCUCGUCGCUGACCAGAUCAAUGAGAGAUUUGAUACUCAAUCAAAACUCAGGUCCUGGACCGGAAGUAGUAGGAUAAAAGACCCAAAGAAUAAAAGAAGAAGGUUAUUAUUACGAGCGAUGAAAAGGAAUAGAAACAAAAACAGAAAUAAUGUGAACUUGAAGAAACACAGAAACAUGAACGGGACGAAAUUAAUGAAUCAAAAUAGCAAAUUCAGGAAUAACCACAGAAGAGCCAGAAGGCGAAGAAAACGAAAGAAUAUGAGAAAUAAAGACAGGUCUAAGAAACUAUUUCCCAAGAGGACGGAUAAAAUAAAGAAUAGAUACAAUUCUACUGGCUCAGUGCCGCUAGGUCAUCCAAGGUCAGAACUCAGGCACAACAAACUGAAUGUUAACAAGAAACAAAAACAAGACAUCAGGACUAGAAAAGCCAUGAAGAAGAACAAGUUAAAGAGGAAAAUGAAAAGGAGAAACAGAAAGAAAGCGAUAAACAGGAAAAUGAAGAAGUUACAGAAUAAAAUUGGUCAAGGAAGAGCAAAGAAUGUGAAGAAACUACAGAACCAGAUAAGUCCGGGUAAGAUGAGGAAGAGGAAGAAGAAGAAGAAGAUACAGAAUAAGAUGAAUCAAGGGAAGAGGAGGAAGAUGAAGAAGUUACAGAAUAAGAUGAAUCAAGGGAAGAGGAGGAACAUGAAAAAGUUACAGAAUAAGAUGAAUCGAGGGAAGAGGAGGAAGAUGAAGAAGUUACAGAAUAAGAUGAAUCAAGGAAAGAGGAAGAAGAUAAAGAGGAAGACACAUAAUCAAAUCAUUCGAGGGAAGACGAGGAACGGGAAAAGAAAAAAUAGAAAAAAGAAGAUUAUCAGGAACUACCUUUCAACUAAGAGGAAUAAGGGAGAAAGAGGAAUAACAAGAGGUAACCUGAGGAAACUGACGUUUGACCUCAACCCAAACAACCUGGAAGAUCCUAGAGAACACAGCACCAAGACAACCAGGAAACAGAACACCAGGAAAACCAGGAAACAGAACACCAGGAAAACCAGGAAACAGAACACCAGGAAAACCAGGAAACAGAACACCAGGAAAACCAGGAAACAGAACACCAGGAAAACCAGGAAACAGAACACCAGGAAAACCAGGAACAACAAACUCGACCUCAAGAACAAACUGAAAGGGAAACCAAAGAAGAACAGAGGGAAGAAGAAAACCAGAAAAUACAAAGGGAUCAGAAAGGUAAAGAAGAAUAAGAUGAAGAUAAAGAAGAGGAACGACAAGAUGAACCAAAGAAAGAGGAUCAAGAAGAAACGUCAAAAUAAUCCAGGACAAGGAGUUAUAAUGAAGGUUGGUAAAGACAACGGAGACUCGAUCACACUAGCAACAUCAACAAACUCAAAACUCAUCACAAACACAAACAAAGACAGAAACAAUAAAUCAAUGAGGAAAAUGAAGAAGAAAAAAAACAAGAAAAUAUUCGGGUAUCACAAAAAAACCCAGAAAAAUCUAAAGAAACUCAAGAAAAAAAGGGUAAAGAAACUGAAGAAAAAUUUGAAAAAGAUGAAGAAAAUAAAGAAAAACAAGAAAAAGAACAAAAAAGUAAAGAUAAAUCAAGCGAAAUCUCAAAGGAGAGAAAAUAAUAACAUCAAUAAUAUGAUGAAUAAAGACAAUACGAUGAAUAUAAUGCAAAAUUCCUUCCUUCAAAGUCAAAAUAACAACAUUGAAAAUAUGAUAAUGACUUCAAAGGCAAACGAACACAAAAUCAAUAAGAAUCAACACAAAAAGAUGAAAAUGAAAGCAAAAAAGGAGAAAUGGGAGAAAAAGAUGAAAAACAAGAAGGAGAAAAUUAAGAUGAAGAAGAUGAAGAAGACAGAGACUGGUAAGAAGCCUCAUUUCUCACAUGGGUCGUCAGGAGCUGCAGACAUCGCAGCCUCCUUCUCUUUAUCUUCUCCUUUCUCCUACUCAUCUUUAUCCUCUCCCUCCUCCUCCUCCUCCUCCUCUUCCUCCGUCUUCUCCCCCGUUUCCUCCAUUUACGCCUCCUCCUCCUACUACCCUAACCCAAGCUUGGCCACCACUGCCGACCUGAAGAGCCACCACUUCGACUGGCUCGCAACGCCCACAAAACACGACAACAAUCACAACAACAACAGUGUCUUCUCCAGUCUUCUCACCAGUUACAGCAGCGUUGGAAAGAAAGACAAGAAAAACAAUGACAACCCAUGGAAAAAUGAUAAGAAAAACAAAUCAGACAAGAAAAACAAGAACGGCAACAAAGGAAAGAAUAAGAACAAGCAGAACAAGGACAAUUUUCCCUGGUUUUAAAGGACCUGGAAGAGUCAGAAUUUUUAUUGAUUAGAAUAUCACUAUUGUUAUGGUUAUAAUAACAGUAAGGUUCCAUAAAGAAACAUAGACAAAUAAUGUGAUAUUAAUAAAGCUUGUCAAUAAAAUAAUGAGGCAGAAAUAAUUAGGAUAAUUACCGAGUAAGAGUUGAAAUCACCUGGAGAGAACAGUAAGCAGUGAUAAAGUAAUUACUGAGAUAAACAGUGAUAGCUACAGCCAGUGACAGCUACAGAUAGUGAUAGUUACAGCCAGUGUCAGACAUGGCCAGCGUCAGACACAGCCAGUGACAGCUACAGCCAGUGUCAGCCACUGCCAGUGACAGGCACAGCCAGUGACAGCCACAGCCAGUCUCAGCCACAGCCAGUGACAACCACCGCCAGCGUCAGCAACUAAAAGUACAUCAUCACAUCAACAAACACAUCUUUCAAUUAAGAAACCUCCGAUCUGUCCACUUGUUAUAUAAUACAACAUCGUCCUGUACUUUUCUAUGCACUAUACAUUCGUUAUCAUGAUGGAAGAUCGUGGCUGCUCUUUCCAUUAUGUCAACAAGCAAUAUUUUAUAAGUAAUAAUAUAUUUUGUAAUACAGGGUGUCCACAAAAACAUUCCCUGAUUUUAA